CGCGCCUUUCUGUCAAUGAAGCAGCUCUUUGGAUGUAAAAUGGCGACUGUCAUAAAGCCGGAAGUCACGUAACAAAUGAGAUAUGUUGAUACAUCUGUGGUAUCCCCAAAAAGGUCUCCAGUGAAGAAGAGUUGUAUCCACUGCUUAUUCGGACUGUAAGAGAAGAGAAUUUGCAUUCAUCAGGAAUAGCUUUAUGGUUGAAAGGAACAAAUUCAUGAACACCAGCACUGAAAUGGCAGUGAGAUCAGCCAAAUGUUUUACAGAGAUGGAAGCUGCAAGAUGUCUGAAGCAACAGAACAGCAUGUGAAGAAAGUCUGCAUGACUUGUCCAGCUCUGACCUUUGGCAGAAAAUUGGAAGGUUGCUGCAUCGCUCCUUAUGGGGGAAAGGUGGAUGUGAACCAACUUUUAAAGUUUAACUUCAGUAAUAAUAUAAGAUGAAUAACAAGGAGGCAGCAGCAGCAACAGAUGUAUCUGAAAAUCAUCAUCACCACCAUGUGAAGGUGUUCCUUCCAAAAAAACUGCUUGACUGUUUGCCAAAGUGUGCCAUUCUACCCAAGGAGCGACUACGUUGGAACACCAAUGAGGAAAUUACAUCAUAUUUAAUAACAUUUGAAAAGCAUGAAGAAUGGCUAUCUGCAACUCCCAGGACAAGGCCCCAAAAUGGUUCAGUUAUUCUAUAUAACAGAAGAAAAGUAAAAUAUCGGAAAGAUGGUUACUGUUGGAAGAAGCGGAAAGAUGGGAAGACAACACGAGAGGAUCACAUGAAACUAAAAGUACAGGGGAUGGAGUGUCUCUAUGGCUGUUAUGUCCACUCAUCUAUCGUUCCAACAUUCCACAGACGCUGCUACUGGUUAUUGCAGAAUCCUGAUAUUGUUUUAGUGCACUACCUCAACGUGCCAGCCAUUGAAGACUGUGGAAAGAUCUGUGGGCCAAUCCUUUGUUCCAUCAACAGUGACAGAAAAGAAUGGCUGAAAUGGUCAAAAGAGGACCUCGUCAACCAACUUAAACCUAUGUUUUAUGGGAUCAAGUGGACAUGUACUAAUGGAAACGGAGGUACAGAAUUUUCCAUUGAGCACCUAGUCCAGCAGAUCCUUGAAAGUCAUCAUUCAAAGCCUCAGCCUCGGACCCAUGCCUGCUUGUGCAAUAGCAGCCUUGGAACUGCAGGUAAUAUUCCACAUAAGUGCAGCAACACAAAACAUCGCAUCAUUUCUCCGAAGCUAGAAAUUCGACCAUGUCCUUAUCCAGCCUUAACUGAAGUACAGAACGGUACAACAGGAGAUAACAAAAGUGAGACUGACUUGUGCAAAGCCAGCAGCCCAGACUCAUUGGAUGGUCGAGUCUCCAAAAGUGUUGGGAUGGCCAGUGGAGAGGUAUCUUCUACAUCUAGUCAUGUUGAGAAGCCGGACUCUACCCAGAACUCCCCAGUGACUCUAACCAAUGGAUAUUACAGUGAUCGAGAACUUAACCCAGUCACCAUUGCUACUAGUGUGCCAAAUCUAACUGUUGCAACUGUUACAUGUAGCUUACCACAGAAUGCAGUUAUUUUGAUGACUGGGAUAGGUGACAAACAGCUGUCUUUAGGUGCCUCUGGUCUUACACCUAGCCAGCAGUUAAUUGCUAGUGAACACAGCAGCCAGGCACUGCCACUGCCCUCUCAUGAACUUGCCUUACCUCCAAGCUCUGGUGCUGUUGGCCUGACGUUGUUGCCCAGUAGUGUUGGUCAGUUGGUGCUGACACAGAACUUGGACCCUAGUAUGGAGACUUCUGAGACCAACAAUGACUUUGACCCCGAUUUAUUUCUGAAUAGUCCAAAGCAAGGACAGACAUAUGGGGGAGGAGUGAACAAGACCACACUCUCUGUCAGUGAAAAUUUUAGCUCUCCAAACUCUUCUGAGCCUGGGACUCCAAACUGCAGCCUUGUGAGUGAGGUCAAGGCUGAGAUGAAGAAGCCUGAUGGUAUCACUAAGCUUAACGGUUACAGGAGUUCUAGUGUUCCAUCCAGUUUUGCCAUCUUUUCUCAGUCACCAAACUCAGCCUCCAUCUCUCAGACAUUCCCAGUUACCACACAGGUAUCAGUACUUUCCACAAAGCUUGAACCAUCCACAAUCUUGGAGAAAAUGGAUUACUGUAAUUCAGAAUCACCAAAGAGUAUCCAGUACUCUCAUCAGCACUCAAAUCAGGGUACAGCCAACAAUAAGCCAAACCGAUUCUUUAUCCAGGAUGACACCACUGUUCAGCCACCAGAUCAGCAGGCAACAGUAGCAACACCUCAGCCCAUGUUGCAGGCAACCAGAAGCCCUGAGUUGGAUAUUCAGCCAGUCAGCAGCAAUGUCAAGGAUGAGGACAGCAGCUCUGUGCAGGUCUUGUCAUUUCGUUCUCUUAAACAUGAAAAUGAGAUGCCCAUGGACACGUCACACAUUAGCAGUGCUGAACUGAAGACAUCACAAGUAACAGAAAUGACUCCUGACACAACACAGGAAGACAGUACCACUGAACUUUUAGGUUCUAGCAAAAGUCAAGAGGGUGCUGAAGUAUCAGACUUGCAAAACAAUAAUCUGAAUGAUCUGUACAGUAUAAUUCAAAAUGACUUGAGGUCUUCUCCUGUAAAUUCUUCCUCUAUUGACCUUGUGAUUGACCACUUCGACCUGUCCUUUGAUGGUCAGCUGCCUGAUUUAAUUUCAGAAUUCAUAAAUGAAGUGACCCCUAGCAGUAACAGCUUUGGACAAUAUAACAGCAACCAGCCCAACCUGGUUCAAUCAGUACAUCAGCAUAAUGUAGUUUCCUCAAAUUUUCCACCAAAUGGGCCACCUAUUGCAGACUAUACUACCCAAAUGCACCAAAACUCACCACAGUUCAUCAGUACAACAGUAAACUGUGUCGGUUAUACAGAUAUUACAUCAGGAAACUCACCACAGACUUCAGCAGAUUGUAGUAUAGAAACUGGGCAGCUGGUGGCCAUUACUGACUUUUCCCCUGAGUGGUCAUACCCUGAGGGUGGUGUAAAAGUCUUAAUUACAGGUCCUUGGACAGAAGAUGCAGAUAGGUAUUCCUGCUUUUUUGACAAGAUAACUGUGCCUGCAUCACUUAUACAGUCGGGGGUUCUCCGCUGCUACUGCCCUGCACAUGAGGCCGGACUGGUGACCCUGCAGGUUGCAUAUGAUAAUCAACUCAUUUCAAACUCUGUGUUGUUUGAAUACAGAGCUCGCAACUCCAUGGCACUGCCCAGCACUCAGUUAGAUUGGCUGUCUCUGGAUGACAACCAAUUUAGGAUGUCCAUCCUGGAGCGGCUGGAGCAGAUGGAGAAGAGGAUGGCAGAGAUGACUGCAGCAUCCAGCCAGCAGUCACAGCAGAAAGGAGGAACUGUGGAGAACCCACAUGUGCAGGCUUCUUCUGAUUCUUUUGAAGAACGGAUUGUUGCAGUCUGUGAAAAAAUGAUGUCACGCCCCUGCUGGCUGCACCCUGAGCACCUUAUCCAUGAUAUCAGUUUUCGGGGUAUGACGCUUUUGCAUCUUGCCGCUGCACAAGGUUAUGCAAGACUUAUUGAAACUCUCAUCAGAUGGAGGACUGUGAAUGAAGCAAGCCUAGAUCUGGAACAGGAAGUUGACCCGUUGAAUGUGGAUCACUUUUCUUGUACACCUCUGAUGUGGGCCUGUGCCUUGGGUCACCUUGAAGCUGCAGUCAUUCUGUACCGUUGGAAUAGCCAAGCUCUCACCAUUCCAGACUCACUUGGCCGGCUGCCACUCAAUGUUGCGCGCUCACGUGGGCAUGUCCGACUUGCCACAUGUCUAGAAGAGCUGCAGAGACAAGAUUGCAACCUGGAGCAGGAGAAUGAGCUAAGGAGUAGACAGUUACUCCAGGAAGCAGAAGCAGUUGAAAAGAAUUGGCAGCAGUUGGUAGGAGUCACUCUGGAAGCUGUUCGAAUCCCAUCUCCUGCUUCAGCCAGCCCUGAUACAGGUCUGAGCACUGUUAGUGGAGUAUCCUCUCCCUCUGAGAUGUCUGAAGGAUCCGUCUCAAUGACAUCUGCAUAUUCUAGUAGCUCUGCACUUCGAGAAUCGCCCAUUUACAGUCCCGAUGAUGAAACACAACAAGAAAUUGCAAUGGAGAUUACAGAGUCCCGACAGCUGUCUUUAGAGUCACCCACAUCUGCUACCCCUGAAGUCAAGCAGCUUGUGAAAGAUGAAAGUGGUAGCUCAUUAGAUGGCAGGAACCAUUCCUUCAGCUCCUGGUACCUGAGGGAUGAUCAAAUGUCUGCAAAAUCAAGAAGCACCUCUCUGCGCUGCUGCUCGGCAGACUCAAAUUUCUUCAUGGACUAUGAGAGCACCUUACUAGGAAGUAGUGCACGAUCAUUUUCUACAGGCAGGGAUCCAAUCGAGGCAGAGUUGCUUAGCUACACUGAGAAUGCAGAGAAUGUGGAGUUCCUUCCAGCAGUGGAUGUAUUACAGCAGGUGGACAUGAUUACACUUGCUGAGCAGAUCAUACAGGCAACUCCUGAUCGCAUCAAGCAAGAAGACUUUGGCUCAACAGACAUUCCACUGAAAGAACGUCAGGACAAUUCAGCUACUAAUGAGAACUUAUCAUGGCUGGCAAGCUACUUGGAGAAUGUUGAUGAACUGCCCAACUUCUCACAGCACAGGUCACUCUGCACUGAGCCUCUGACUCCACCCACUUCCAACACCUGCCUUAGUCCUACAAAUUCUCCUCUCAGUGACAUUUCCUUUGAAAAGUUUGAUCCCCCGACAACUGCCGACUGGUCUGAGUUCCUGACUGCAUCUGCCAAUGGAAAGAUGGAGAGCGAGUUUGCACUUCUGACAUUGUCAGAUCAUGAGCAACGUGAACUGUAUGAAGCUGCUAGAAUUAUUCAGACUGCAUUCAGGAAGUACAAGGGUCGAAGAUUGAAAGAGCAGCAAGAAAUGGCAGCAGCUGUGAUUCAAAGAUGCUACAGGAAAUACAAACAGCUGACAUGGAUAGCACUCAAGUAUGCACUUUAUAAGAAAAUGACACAGGCAGCUAUACUCAUCCAGAGUAAGUUCAGAAGUUACUAUGAACAGAAGAAGUUUCAACAGAGCAGACGGGCAGCAGUCCUCAUACAGCAGUACUACCGUAGCUACAAGGAAUAUGCAAAGUUCAAGCAAGGACAUCGAACAUCUUCAUCAAUGCAACAGAAAAUGAACAGAAGUUCCUUUCUUACUAAAAAGCAGGAUCAAGCAGCUCGCAAAAUCAUGCGAUUCCUAAGACGAUGCCGGCACAGAAUGAAGGAGUUGAAGCAGAGCAAGGAGCUGGAGAGCCUUCAGAAACGCAGUCUUGCAGACCACCUAAACCACACUCCAGCAUUCUGAAGGAACUCCUUCCCUCAUUUGUAACAAGGAUUUUUCUUAAAAGCUGCAACGCACAAGAACAUUUAACAAGGAAGAAGACUGAGGAUGCUUCAUUUUUAGAAGACUCAUGUUUACGUGACCCUUUGAACUUGUACUCUUUCAGGGUCUCUGUCUCUCUCUUAAACUACUAGAUUGUAGGAAUACACAGGGAGAAAAAAACUUUCUGGGAGAAAUACUGAAUGUUUCCAUGUCUUAAAAAAGAAAGACAGUUGCCCCACCCCACCCAAAAAAAAAAUGUUCCGUCCUGUUUCUGGCUGCAAUAUGAGCAGUGGCUGGAAGUUGCAAAAUGGGGAAUCAGGGAGUGGGGUAUAGAGAUGCUGUGAUAUUGUGCUGACGAGAGUGGAGUCUAACAGAUACCAGUGUGUUUUACAUUUGGGUAGGAAAGAGAACACUGAUGCUCAGGAAGAAGAUGAAACCUUUACUGGAAAGCAGACUGCAGCUUUUAUGAUACUGCUCUGUUGAGAACCAAUACAACCAUUCCUAAUAACAGUGUCCGGAUGGUGGGUUGACUUUAUAUAAUAUUGGAAGGAGUAGUGAGAAGGCAAACUUUGUUACGUGAAAUCCAGAGGAGAGAAGGGAUCCUGUUUGACUGUGUAGUCCUCCUCUGCUGUUUUUACUUCUGAAACUUUGUACUUCUUGGCCAGCUGCUGUUUGGACUCACAGUCUGUGGCAAAUUUACAUCCGCACUUACUGACUGUGACUGACAUUGAAUAGCAGGAUAUGCAACCUUGUAAAGCCCUUCUACUUUUGUUUUAUCCGACCUUUCAAAAAAUUAUACAAUUGUUCAGUUCUGACUGUUUUGUUUCUUGUUAAGAACAUUCUUAUUCAGCACAUUUGCAUAUGAGGUUACUGAACUAUAAGUGGGCUUUGGAAUGACAUAAAACUUUUGUGGGUAGUUGCAUUUUCACAGAGUAGGCCUCAGACAAACUUCAAAUGGAGUGAACCAUAGUGUGUUAAGUAGGUGGAAGUGGCAGAUAGAUUUUGUAAGACUGAGUCAGUGGCAAUAAAAGUGGGGAUUAAUACAAAUGCUGAAAAUGUUGAUAUACCAGGAAUAACAUGUAGGAGGCAGGAGCAUUUAAUGUUUGUAAUUUUUAACCUUAAGGAUAAGUUUCCUGAAAACAUCUCACAUUUAAUCAUAAUUAUAAUGAACAUCGAUUUCCAUUCAGAGUUUUCCUCUUCCGUGUAGUAUUUUGGCAGAAUAGGUGUAUUUGCAAGCAUUACGGGCGUUGCUUUCUUGAAAAAUGUGUGAGAAAUGCAUUUAUCCCCAUUUUUUUAGGCUUUGUAAUCAAUGCUUCAUUUAAAAUGUUCAGAGGAUGCUCUCACAGGGUUGAAAAUUUAAAUAAGUGUAUGGUGGAAGCAUACCACUUGCCAACACACACACAUGCACACACACUUGAGUUUUAGAAUUGGUUUUGUCAAUGAUUUAGGUGAAAGCAGUACUUUAGUUGCUGAAGGGUAACUCAUUUGCAUUACUACGCUUUAUUAGUACACCCUGCUUUUAUAAGGCAGUUAAGUGACCAUAUCUUAUUGAAAUCUUUCAGCUAUUUAAAGGUUUAUGUAACAAGCUGGCUUUUCUAGUACUGAUGCAAUGGACUUGCUUUUUUGGUUUGCACCACCUUUUCUGUCCCAGACAUUAAUUUACAUAAAUCCUUGCAGAGGUAUAUACAGUACUUAUGAGCAACAUCUACUUUAUAAUAUAGCAUUUCAAAAGUUUGCUUCAUCCUUGCAGUUGACUACUUCCCAGAGUUUGUAGAAACAAGUUUCCUAUGUGCUUCCGAGUGCUUCAUGUCAGUGGUUCAUCUCACUGUAGCAACAUUUUGUUUUGAUAUAAUCCCCUUCUGAUCUGUGAUUCCCCCCCCUUUGCAGCUUCUUUGUUGGCCAGUUCAUUUCCUCUGGUGGAAAGGCUGUAUUGUCCAUUUGUUCCCCCUGGGGCAGGGAUCAUGUGAACCAGGAGUGGUGUUGUCAUCUGUCUCCUGGACUGGGGUUUUCUGAUAAACUCGUCUCCUCUCUUAAUAGUGAAAACAAGGCAACAGAGUGUCUCAGCCCCCUUCUCACAACAGAUGAGUGGUGAGCAGGUAUUAGUCUUGUCACGCUGCUCCUCCCAGAUUCAGCAGAUGCCCAAGCAACUAACCAGACUUGGAUUUUCUGGGAUGGUAGUCAGAACUUUAUCCCUCUAUACCAUUGGAGCUAGCUUCACUGCAGCAUAUGAUGAAAUCUGCUGUGUAAACAUGUUUUCUGAUGUCAAGGUUAUAAUAAGAAAUCUUUUUUUUUUUGUAAAGUUACACUUUUCUUAGUAUGACAAUCCAAAUUUUUAAUGUGCACAGAAAAGAUAACCAUGAAAAGAAGUGUGUGCUUCAGUAUAAUUGUGGAUGUGUAUGCAUAUGUAUUUGUAUUUAUUUUUUAAGUUUGCUUGUACAUAAAAUGUUGUUAUCGGUAAUGAAUGUAAAGGAGAUAACAAGCUAUAUCCUGUUCUUUUUGUAGAAAUAUGCUGCUGAUGCAUCCAAAGUGAUGCAACCCCAAAGUCAUUAUUUUUAGAUAAAUCACCAAACAUAAUUUUAUAGAACAUUUGCAUAAUGGUGCACAACAUCAGCACACAUUUUCACAAAUGCAUAGGCUCCACCUGCAGAGAUUGAAGGCAAUGUAAAUGAAGGGUGGAGUGACUGGACAGUGUAUUCAUUCUUAAGCAAUGGAAAGUGUCUUCACAUGGUGUGACCUUAAUAGAGUCCCUGAGAAAACUUGUGUGUGUGUGUGUGUGUGUGUGUGUGUGUGUGUGUGUGUGUGUGUGUGUGUGUGUGUGUGUGUGUG